GAAUAUCAAUGUUAUAAAACUUGCAGGGAAAGAAACGGAGAGAGGAGAAAGAAAGAGUAUGCAACUAUGUUGUUUCUGUAAGUGUGGGCACUCUACAGACAGGAACGCCAACCCAAAUUAUUUGGUUCUUUGCUUAUGUAAAUUCUCCCCUCUUCUUCCUCGUCCUCCUUCUUCUUCUAUCUUCAAUUUGUGCUGCUUUUGUUAGUCUGAAAAAGAAAGGAAACAGCGACUACAUUCUCUUACACUAUGUCAGCAUUUUAGCAUUGCAACAAAUAACCCAUAGCCCCAUUCAACAAAACUCACUCAUUUUCAACUCCUUCCCAUUUUCCACUUCUCUUCUAUAUCAUCAUCAUCAUCAUCAAGAACUAACAUGUCUUCCAAGAUCAAAUCUGGUUUAUCUGAAACUCCCAGCAAAGCAUCACCAGCAACUCCUAGAGUGAGUAAACUGAGCCGGGGAGCCACUAAAUCAGAGCCUGAUUCACCUGCUCCUCUGCAGAGUUCACGCUUUUCAGUUGACCGUUCCCCAAGAUCUGUUACCUCAAAGCCUACAAUUGAUCGACGGUUAUCUAAGGUCACUCCACCACCUGAAAAACCACAGACAAGGGUGGUGAAGGGGUCAGAAUUACAGGCUCAAUUGAGUCUUCUUCAGGAGGAUCUAAAGAAAGCAAAGGAGCAGAUAGGAUUGAUUGAGAAAGAGAAGGCACAAGCAAUUGAUGAACUGAAACAAGCACAGAAGGGUGCUGAAGAGGCAAAUGAGAAGCUUCAAGAAGCUUUGGUGGCUCAAAGAAGAGCUGAGGAGAAUUCUGAGAUUGAGAAGUUCCGUGCUGUUGAGUUGGAACAGGCUGGGAUUGACGCAGCCCAAAAGAAGGAAGAGGAAUGGCAGAAAGAGCUGGAGACUGUGAGAAACCAACAUGCUUUGGAUGUGGCUGCUCUUCUUUCUACCACUCAGGAGCUUCAAAAGAUGAAGCAAGAACUGGCCAUGACUACUGAUGCAAAGAAUCAGGCACUGAGCCAUGCUGAUGAUGCAACUAAGAUUGCUGAGAUUCAUGCUGAUAAGGUGGAGAUUCUUUCAGCUGAGUUGACACGUUUGAAGGCCUUACUUGAUUCAAAGCUUGAAACAGAGACCACUGAAAGCAACAAGAUGGUGGCUAGGUUUAAGGACGAGAUAGAGACUUUGAAACAAGAACUUGAGAAAGCAAGGGUUUUUGAGGAUAAGUUUAUUGAAAGAGAGGCUUCCAUAGAACAGCUUAAUGUUGAGUUAGAAGCUGCUAAGAUGGCUGAAUCUUAUGCGCGCAGUUUAGUAGAGGAGUGGAAAAGUAGGGUAGAGGAAUUAGAGAUGCAGCUUGAAGAAUCAAAUAAGUUGGAGAGAUCUGCCUCUGAAUCUUUAUGUUCAGUCAUGAAACAACUUGAGGGAAACAAUGAUCGCUUACAUGAUGCAGAAAGUGAAAUUGUGGCCCUUAAAGAUAAGGUGGGGUUGUUCAAAAUGACAAUUGCAAAACUGAAAGGGGAUCAUGAGGAGUCAGAGCACUGUCUUGGUGUGGCAAAGGAAGAAAUUUCUGAAUUAGCAAAAAAGGUUGAGUCUUUGAAUUCUGAUUUGGAUAUAGUGAAGGAAGAGAAAGCUCAGGCUUUAAACAAUGAGAAACUUGCAGCUUCUAGUGUUCAAAGUCUAUUAGAAGAAAGAAACAAACUUAUAAAUGAGUUGGAGUAUUCUAGAGAUGAGGAGGAAAAGAGCAAGAAGGCAAUGGAAAGUUUAGCUUCAGCUUUACAUGAAGUGUCUGCAGAAGCAAGGGAAGCCAAAGAAAAGCUGCUAUCCGGUCAAGAGGAGCAUAAAAAUUACGAAACCCAGAUAGAGGAUCUAAGGUUGGUCCUGAUGGAAGCAAACCAGAGAUAUGAGACUAUGCUAGAUGAUGCAAAACAUGAGAUUGAUCUUCUUAAAAAUAAUAUUUUAGAAUCCAAGAAUGAAUUUCAGAACUCCAAGACUGAGUGGGAGCAAAAAGAACAAAAUCUAAUGAACGGUGUAAAGAAAUCAGAAGAAGAACACUCUUCUUUGGAAAGAGAAAUUGAUAGGCUGGUAAAUUUGCUCAGGCAAACUGAGGAAGAAGCUUGUGCCACAAGGGAGGAAGAAGCUCAGUUGAAAGAUAGCCUAAAGGAAGUUGAAGCUGAGGUGAUUUCAUUGCAAGAAGCUCUUGGGGAAUCGAAUGUUGAGGGCAUGAAACUGAAGAAAAGUUUAUUAGACAAGGAAAAUGAACUGCAGAAUCUUUUCCAAGAAAACGAGGAGCUCCGAACUAGGGAAGCUAUUUCUUUGAAGAAGGUGGAGGAGUUGUCUAACUUGCUUGAAGAAGCUAUGGCCAGGAAGCAAACUGAGGAGAAUGGCGAGCUUACAGACAGUGACAAGGACUAUGAUUUGCUUCCAAAGGUGGUUGAAUUCUCUGAAGAAAAUGGGCAUGUGAGAGAAGAGAAGCCCAAAAUAGAGCUUCCACCACAACAACACGAGGAUUUGGGAAAAGAAAAUUCACAGGAACAGAAUAAUGGCUUUAACAACCAGACUGUUCCAAUGGUAGCUGCCAAAGUUGAGAAUGUGAAUGGGAAACCAAAAGAAGAUGAAACCAAAGAAAAAGAAAAUGACUCGGUAGAAGUUGAGUUUAAGAUGUGGGAGAGCUGCAAGAUUGAAAAGAAAGAGUUUUCACCAGAAAGAGAACUAGAACAGGAAUCCUUUGAGGAUGAAGUGGACUCCAAGGCUGAGGGUGUUGAGAACUUCGAUCAGAUAAAUGGUUUGUCUUCAACAGAAAAUGGUGAUGGUGAGAGCUCACCUUCGAAGCAGCAACAACAGAAGAAGAAGAAACCUUUGUUCCGCAAGUUUGGAAGCCUACUCAAGAAGAAGGGUACUAGCAAUCAAAAGUAGGAGAAGAGACAAGUUAUGGCCUGACUUAUGUCCAAUUAACGGGCAGGUAUAUUUGAUAAUAUCUUGCACCGGAGUGUUUGCAUUAUUGCUUUUGCAUCUGAUUUUCAGAAUAGGUUAAAAAUGAAAAGGCUUGUAUUAUCUUUUAGUUUCCCCCCCCUUUGAUGUGAUUACCAGUUGGGGGAGUACAUUGUAUGUGAUGGAGAUUCUUUUUUCCCCUUACCCUUCUUAGCUGCAUUUCAUGAAAAGGAGUGGUGACUUCGAAACUGUAUUUUAAUAUGCUUGCAUCUAUUUUACAUGGGAAAAAAAUAUUGUUCUUGAAAAAAUGGUUUAUUUAGUUGAUUCAGCUUAUGAAAUUCCAGUAAUCUCAAGGUGUACUCA